AUGCGUCCCAGUGAUGACAUUCUCGAUGAGUUCUAUGCUCUUGCAGAUUUGGAUAGUAAGAAAAGAACGGAUGCUGUUAGUCGAUUGUUGAUGAAAGUUAGACUAAACUCUUCUGCUCAAGACUACUGCGUUGAACGUUUAGUAACAGGACUUAGUUCUCCACGCGGAGCAGCUCGAUUAGGGAACUUAGAAUCCUAUUUUUACGCGAUUUUCUGUCAGAGCGAUUUAAUUCUUAGGAAAAUGGAAGAGCGAAUGCAAUCGGCCGCCAUCUACUGGUAUCAGCAAUUUACAGGUCAAGAAUGUACUCAGAGGUUCACCAACGUCGUCUUAUUAGAGCAUGAACUAGAGAUUUAUCGGGCAUGUCCGUCGUUGGGCAUGUCAGUGGCCCAGCAAAUGGCGGAACUUAUUGGUGAAAUCGAUAAGAAAACCUUUAAAUCGCAAGUCCUCCCUUUAAUCAGAGAUUACCUGGAUUCAGCGCUCACCCGAUCCUCUGUGGAGUUUGUCUACCUUGCCUUGCUUGUCAAGGAUCGUUUUCCUUCAUACCUCGCCGAGAUCGUCAGCUUUGUUCAAAAAGAUGGCUCAUGUAGAUUCUCCGAGAGCGAUUUGACGUUUUUGUUACUUACCGUAAAGAUUGCCGAUUUCUGCAAAUUCGUUGAAGAUUUCUUGAGUUUGACGGAAGACGACUCUGAUCUACUUGAGGUCAUUGAGACGUUGGACACAACUGAAAAUUUCGAUGCGCUGACUAGUAGUAACCUAAUCGGUCAUUUGAUCGGGCGAUUGAGUAAGGACGGAGUGGCGAAAUGGAUACAGACUGCUGGUAAGCCUUGGUCAUUCCGUCAUAUAUGCGCAGCCUUCCCGCACUGGAGUAAUGACGCAAAAGUGGAAGCACUUUUGGCAUUGUUGCACCGUGCCAAGUCUGAGCAGUUGCAGUAUGCUGUUGGAAAUUGCAUCAGUUGUUUAUUCAAAAUAAAGGUUCGAGCUGGCGCGUUUGUGAGUGUAUCACUUGUUGAAGGCGGUGAAGAUGUACUGCGUCAAGUAGUUAUGAUGACGUUUGGAAAACAUAUCGUGAAAAGUGCAGUGAAAAAGUUGGAUGGGAGUGUUUGUUAUAAGAGAACGCUACUGGUGUUUUGGUUGUGUCUAAAUUUGUGGUCAAAAGUGGCUUCCUCUAAUCAAAUGUCGGAAGGAUAUUCCAAUAAUGCUGAGGAACUUCUGAUGGUUGUGGAAGGUGGUGAAGAAAGCUUGAAGGUGUUACUUGAUCAACUAAUGGCCUUGCUCAGUCAGCCUUUAAAGUAUCAUCGCACGGUCGUCUACUAUGUAUUUGUCCAUCUUCUUGAGUAUAUAAAAGAUGAACAUAUUGCUCAUAUCAUUCAGACAUUAAUGAUGAAUGAUGACGAAUUAGUAGACGAACAAGAAAGCGAUGCUAAUUCCUCUAGUAAUGACGACAACGGUGUCGAUGAACAUGCUGAUGAUAAAGGAUCGGAGUCUGACAGUUUUGUUAACGAUGAGGCAAUGGAUUGUGAAACAUUUGAUCGUCUUGAAACCUCUCUUGGAAGGGUAGCUGUCAAGAGGAAGGUUGGUACCGUAGAUGAGGAAGAGACCGAUGUGUCCGAUUUUGGUGAUGCUGAAAUGUUCGAGAUGGAUGAUCGGCUUGCGGCUGCAUUCAAGUCGAUUGCAUCGAAAAAGGAGAAUAAAAUGACUGCCCAUUUGGCCUGUGUUUUUCGUUUGAAGCUUGCUGAUCUUUUGCUUUUUGUUUUAUCCUCUUCGAGCACUCCGGCUAGUGUGAAAGUUCAUAUGAUCAUCCCAUUGCUCAAGUUGGCUAAACUUCAGUUAAAACAAGGUCCUGAAAGUGACAAUUAUAGAAAGACAAUGAGUUUGCUCAAAAUCAUAUCACAUUUUAAAAAGAUCCACUUGGCUAACGAGGAAGUAGUGAGUCUGCUGGAUCAGUUGGUUCAAGAGUGCAUCGGUAUUUCCAAUCCAUUUCUUGUAUCUACUGCCGCUACGCUUUCUUCAUUCAUAUUUUCUCUGGGAAUGUCUUCUGACGGAGUUCACGCAGAAACUGUUCUGUCUGCAUUCAUUGGACUUUUUGAGCGUUUUAUGACUCAAGAAGAUGGUCUCAUAGGUUCCGAUUUGGCAGUCGCUGCAGUUGUUAAGCACCCGGAAGCUUUUGUCGCAAAGAGCAAAGUAUUUUUAAGAGCUGCUUUCAAUGAGGAUUAUAGGAUUUUUCGCAGGACAGUAGCGUUGAUGUGUCUAUCGACCGUUAUGGGUAGAAAGGUGCUGCAGAAAGUCCCAGUAGAGAAGUCAGUGGUCAAAGGCAUUGCAAAAUUGUCAUCUCAGUAUUUCGUCGCGUCAUUAUCUCAACCUGAAACGAUAAAACCGCGUUUCUUCGCCAGCGUUCUGAAGUUGCUUGUCUCUGUUGCCAGUGGUGUUGCUGACGAAUACAAAGUAAGUGCUUUACGAGCAGGCGAUAGUUCUUUCGAGUCUGCAGCUGGUGUCACCUUUUUUAACUACUUAGUGCUUAACGUUAUUCGUGGCUGUGCCAUGAGAAUGCGAGAGACUUCUCUGGACUUCUUUCAUAGGAUUUCAUAA